AACGAAUCCGCGGCGUUCGGGGGCGGGACCCCGAGCGCGUUGGCUCCGCCCCCUGGCGGCCGGCUCGGCUGCGGCGUCGGCGUCUGCUCAGAACAGACCCCGCCCGUCGAGGAGGAGGGAGGGCCGCAAAUAUCGACAUGCUGCUGGAGGAGGUCCGCGCCGGCGACCGGCUGAGCGGGGCGGCGGCCCGGGGAGACGUGCAGGAGGUGCGCCGCCUUCUGCACCGCGAGCUGGUGCACCCCGACGCCCUGAACCGCUUUGGCAAGACGGCGCUGCAGGUCAUGAUGUUUGGCAGCCCCACCAUCGCCCUGGAGCUCCUGAAGCAAGGUGCCAGCCCCAACGUCCAGGAUGCCUCCGGCACCACUCCAGCCCAUGAUGCAGCACGCACUGGAUUCCUUGACACCCUGAAAGUGUUGGUGGAGCAUGGCGCUGAUGUCAAUGCACCUGAUGGCACCGGGGCCCUCCCCAUCCAUCUGGCAGUGAAAGAGGGCCACACGGCUGUGGUCAGCUUCCUGGCUGCCGAGUCCGAUCUUCAUCACAGGGACGCCAGGGGGCUCACACCUCUGGAGCUGGCAAGGGGGAGAGGCGCUAAGGAUCUCAUGGACAUACUGCACAUACCACUGUGACCUGGGGCCACCCACUCCGGCAGCAGGACCCGGCUGGGUUCUGUGUCAGAAAAGGAGAGAAGAAACACUUUCUCCCUUUCUUCCUCCUGCCCACUGCCGAGGGGCACCAGUUUGUGGCUUGUUGGUGUUGAUUUCUGGGGUGUGUGUGUUUGAGGUACAUUUCUCAUUUUUUUUUCUCACCCCUUUUGGUGUGUUGGGCAGAGAAGGGCUCCUGCAGGCAACAGCCACCUAAACGGUUCGGUUUCCUCCACGCCCCGACUGCUGGGGCUACAGACGAGUCCCAAGGGCAGAGCGUUUAAAGCCCCAGCCCUAGAGUGAGGUCAUCGCUUCCAAGGCUCCUGGAACCUGUCGACCUUGGCUGGCUGUACCGAGAGAGAGACCUCAAGUGUGCACACUGCUUUCCGGCAUGGGGGAGGGGGGAGUGUUCCAAAUCAAUAAAAGGGUAGUAUGAGUUCAUUCAUAUUUUGUUGAAAGCUUGGUUUCCAGUCCCUUGUACAGCGUUAAAGAAAAAAAAAGUCUAUUUAUUAUGAUUUAUGGAAGAAAUUGUUGUGUGUGUAAUUUAAUGUUUUUACCCAUUAAAUUAAGACUUGUGCAUGA